UAUCUAUAUUUUGAUUUUAUUAAAAAAAGAGAAAGAAGAUUUUUUUUCAAAUCAUCUUCUAGGAUCGGCCUUAUCUCAUCUACGGCCAUCCUUACGUAACCUCUCAUCCAUAUCCAGAGCCUGCUCGAUCUCUAUCGCUUCACCUGAUAUUCCCCAUCGUACUUGAUGCAAGCACAGAGCUAUCCCUAAUCCGUUUCCACGUACACUCCUCACGGCUCGUCACCAAGCGUCGCUUCCAUCUCUAGAUUUUCUUUCUGCUGUGCCGUCACCGCUUCCCUCUUCAAAAAUCUCAUCACCCGUCGGCCUUAUCCUGCCGCCGUCUUCAUCUUCCUCGCUGCUGCGCUCGUGCCCACACGGAGCAUCAGUUCUGGCGCAGCAGAAGCAGCCAUCCUCGCCCAGGCUUUGCUCGGCCUCCUCUCCAUCUCUCUGCGUCGGCCUCUCCUGCCUGCUGCUCGGUCCCAAGCUCCCUGUGCGCGCGGUACUCUUCCUUCCCAUGUUACUGCGCGCUCUACCUUUCUUCCCAUCUCCCUGCGCUCGCCGCGGCUCCCUGCUGCACUGCAGCUCGCCGCGCGGCUCUCAUGGCGUGCUCCUCUCUGCCGAGCGGCUCUUCCCCACGAUGCCGUCGAAUCCCGUCUUCCUCUGCUCGCGCGGGCCGCGCCCCUGCUUCCCCUCCCUAGCCGAGCUCGCCGGCCGGCCGCUCGCCCCUGUGCCUUCGCUCAGCUCGCCAUGGAGGUUGUCCGCCAUGGUACUCUGCAUCCCGAGCUCCCGUGCUCGCGCGGCUUCCUGCUCGUCGGUUCUUAGACUGAAGCUCGCCCGGCGCGCCCAUCUCUCUGUCUCCCCAACGCUCGCCAUCGUCUCCUGUCUGGUCGCGCCCUGCUCCGCCGUCGUGUUCUAGCCGCGCGUGCUCUGGUGGCCGUCGUGCUGAUCGCCGGCUGAAACCCCUUUAGUGCCUGACACUGCAUCUCCCUGGUGUUCGCCUCUGUUUUCCCCUGGCGCCGAGCCCCUCCAUCCUGUCCUAGCAGCAAAAGCCCAGCCACUGCGCAAGCUACCUGCUCGAUAGAAUGUUCAGCCGCUCGUCAGAUCUGCGCAGUCCCUGCACGAUGUCGCAAAAUCCGCUCGUUGUCGAUGCCGCGCUUCGUGCAUCGUGUGUUCGACGAAAAUCUCCAGCAUGUGGACAGCACACGCGUGAGCCGAGUUUGGUUUGGCCAGUUGUUCGGUUUGCGAUUUACUCUUCCUGCGAUUAUAGUACUCUGAUGGACCCUGUUUUGCUCUCGACCUCUCAGCACGUGGGUUACAGCAUCAGGUACAAUCCAGUGGUAAGAAUUCGUCAUGACGUUGUGUGGCUAGGAGAUGGGAGGUAGGUCAGUGUUGAGCACCAAAAUGAGGUGCGGACGGUCCGGCCCUGAGGCCGGACGGUCCGCGGUCCGGACGGUC